UCCCCGGCCGGGCUUCCCCCUGCGUCCCGGCCCCGGGGCCCACCCGCGGAGCCCGCGCAGGUGCCCCGAGACUUCCGGGGAGCGGGAAGAGCGGCCGGGGCGGGUCGGGCGGGGCAGCUGACUCCCCGGCCGGCGGGGCUCGGGGAGGGGCCACGCGGCUGGCACUCCUCCCAGGGCCGGUGGCCGGUCGCGCUCGCAGGCGCAGAGGCGCUGGCCCUCCGGCGGGGCGCUCCGCAGCCAUGUGGGGGACCUGGGCCAUCCCGUGUCUGAUACUUACCUCUAUCGCGGGACCGUGGCCUAGAGGUGUUAAUGCUCAAGCAACUGCUAUCAACUCCAAGGUGUUGAGAUUGCACAAGAACAUCACCAUAAGGGAGGCUGGGUGCUUGGAAGGCCUGCAACGUGAGAGCACAUUCUGCUGUCAGCCAUGUCCUCCUGGCACACGGAAAGUGGGUGACUGCAAAUCUGAGGAGGGUGAAUCAGAAUGUGUGCCCUGCCAGGAAGGGAAGGAGUACACAGACCAAGAGCAUUUUUCUUAUAAAUGCAGAAGAUGUGGAAUUUGUGAUAGACAGCUCGGCUUUGAAGUGGAGAGAAACUGUACCCGGACCCACAAUACCAAGUGCAGAUGUAUACCAAACUUUUUUUGUAACAUCUCUGAAUGCGGACAUUGUACCCCGUGCACCACGUGUGAACAUGGAAUCCUUGAGAAUUGCACACCAACCAGCAACACCAAAUGUAGAAAAGGAUCCAGCUUGAAAUUUCUGUGGUUUUUGGUCCUAAUCCCGAUUGUAGUAUUGGCACUAUUUUGGUGGAAGUCAAGACGGCGCAGGAAUAAAAAGAAUGAAGACCCUGGAUUCAUAGCCUCAACAACUGAAAUGAUGCCAAUAAAUUAUGCAGACAUCGACCUGAGUAAAUAUAUCACUAGUAUUGUUGAACAAAUGACAAUAACUCAAGUCAGAGAAUUUGUUCGGAAGAAUGGUAUCAAUGAAGCCAAAAUAGAUGAGAUCAAGAAUGACAAUCUCCAAGACACAGCGGAACAGAAAGUCCAACUCCUCCGUAAUUGGUACCAACUCCACGGGAGGAGAGAUGCAUAUUGCAAUUUAAUUAGAGGCCUCAGAAAAGCUAAUCUUUGUGCACUAGCAGAGAGAAUUCAAGAAAUGAUCCAGGGGGACAUUACUAGCUAACUUGAAAAUGGAAAUUUCAAACAUGAAUGUAAAAGACAAAGCUUGACCAAAAGUGGAAAACAACUAACUCAGUCCUGAGUAUUAUAUGAGCCAAUAUAAGAAAAA